AUAGCCUGGAAGAGCCCUUUCUCUUCCCGCCCUUUCUUGCUAUAGCUUUAGCAAUCUAGCUCGUCUUGCUCCCUCGUCGACAUUCUAUCCAGUGGUGACUCCUUGGACGGGCGUAGUCAUCGCUUGAGCUCAGCACUGACGAUUGCUGGACAAUCUGUUUCGUUUCACACAUCCAUUCUUGCCAGCAAGGCUCUACAUCUGCCUAUCUUAAUUGUGGCCUAAAUCUAGUCAGUCAACAUCGAAAGUAGGUCCAGCAAUGACUUGACAGGUGCGCCUGAAAACAAAAAUCAAGGAGACCAUCUUCACGGAGGCUGCUAUCGUCCAACAUGGGGCUCCUCAGCGAGGAAUCGAUGGAAUUCCUGGAGCGAUGCCGCCGCUCGCGCCGUUUGGUGCUCAUCAUCGUGGCCAUUGCGCUCCUGUUGGACAACAUGCUGCUCACAACUGUAGUUCCCAUCAUCCCAGAGUUUUUGUACGCCAUCCGCCAUCGUCACGAUCCCGUCAACAACGUGUCUGUGGUCACCGAGGUAACUGAACCUUUUUCAAUCUACACGACUAGCACUAUGCCCGGCUUGUACGAGAACGGAGCUUACGAAGAACCUGGCACUAACGUCACCUCUCGCUGUCUCCCUGACAAAGCUAAACGUGAUGCUGACUACGAGUUCAAAUACAUGGCGAAGCACAACGAGCUCAUCCAGGAGAACGUCGAGGUUGGAAUCAUGUUUGCUUCGAAGGCUUUCAUCCAGUUGCUAACGAACCCGUUCGUCGGACCACUAACCAAUAAGAUUGGCUACAGCAUCCCUAUGUUCGCUGGCUUUGUCAUCAUGUUCGUAUCAACAAUCAUAUUUGCAUUCGGGAGAAAUUACACGGUCCUAUUCAUUGCUCGAGCGCUUCAAGGCGUGGGAUCUUCUUGUUCCAGCGUUUCUGGAAUGGGCAUGUUGGCUGCUUGUUACCCAAACGACGAAGAACGUGGCAACGCGAUGGGCAUUGCACUUGGAGGACUAGCCCUUGGCGUUUUAAUCGGGCCUCCUUUUGGUGGCAUUAUGUACCAGUUCGUUGGCAAAACGGCUCCGUUCCUUAUCUUGGCCUGUUUGGCACUCGGCGAUGGACUGUUACAAUUGCUUGUCCUUCAACCGGCCAUCGCCCAGCAAGAGGACGAACCACCGUCUGUUAAAGAACUGCUGAUGGAUCCCUACAUCCUUAUCGCAUCCGGAGCCAUCACAUUUGCCAACAUGGGCAUUGCCAUGCUAGAACCAUCGCUGCCAAUCUGGAUGAUGGACACCAUGUGCGCAGAAAAAUGGCAACUAGGUGUAGCUUUUCUACCAGCAUCAAUCGCUUACCUGAUAGGAACUAAUCUGUUCGGUCCCCUUGGCCACAAAAUGGGCAGAUGGCUUGCGGCUCUUGUCGGUUUAGUGGUCAUCGGAGUAUGUCUCAUGCUGAUCCCGUUCGCGACUGACAUAGGAGAUCUGGUUUUGCCGAAUGCCGGGCUCGGUUUUGCAAUUGGUAUGGUUGACUCUUCGAUGAUGCCUCAAUUGGGAUACCUAGUCGACAUCCGUCACGCAGCCGUUUAUGGUUCCGUCUAUGCCAUUGGAGACGUGGCCUUCUGUCUUGGCUUUGCUAUCGGACCCGCUCUCAGCGGAACUCUAGUUCAGACGAUUGGUUUCGGAUGGAUGCUUUUCGGUAUUGCCAUCAUCAACUUUAUGUACGCUCCGCUAUUGUACUUCUUGCGCAAUCCGCCCACUAAAGAAGAGCGGCAGUGUCUUGCCAUGGCGGAGAAAGCUACCAUCAGUUACAAGGCCUUUCAGAAAAUGGAAGAAGAAUAUCCGUAAGAAAGAGAACCCCCUCCCAAAAAAAAUUAAGGAAAAGCGAAGAAGAUGGACCUCCUACGACGAAUGAAA